CUGAAGAAGAAGAAGAAGAAAUCAAAUCAAAUCAGAGCGGUAGAGCCUGGAAAUCCGGUUGGGUUCCGAGGAUGAUGGCGUCUUCGAAGAUGGUGGUGUCAACGACGAAUUCGGAUCUGCCGCACAGAGAGUCGUCUAUAUGUUCGCUCUCCACUCUCAUGGCCGACGACGACGACCAAAACGACAAGCAGCAAUCCAUGACCAUGGACGACAUCCUCAAGAACAUCUACAACACCAGCACCACAAACGACAUGGACGACAACAAUCAUCAUCAUGCGGAGCCCAGGACCGUCGACGAGGUCUGGAAGGAGAUCGUCGCCGGCGGAGUGGGAGUGGAGGAGGAGGCGGCCGCGGAGGGCGAGGGCGGCGGGGAUCAGGUGCGGGCAGCUGCACCGGAGGAGAUGACGUUGGAGGACUUUCUCACCAGGGCUGGGGCGGUGAGGGAAGAUGACGUCACCGUUGGUGCCGGUGGGGUUCCGAUUGGGUACGGGCAGUUCCAGGUGCAGCCGCCGCCGGCUCCUGCUCAAGGGCAGGUGGUGUACGGAAACGGGACUACGACGAGUACGAGUGGAGGCGGCGGGGGAGGAGGUGGAGGAGGGAGAGCCGGGAAGAGGAGAGCUGUGCAGGAAGCUCCGCUUGAUAAGGCCACGCAGCAGAAGCAGAGGAGGAUGAUCAAGAACAGAGAGUCGGCUGCCAGGUCCAGGGAACGCAAGCAGGCUUACACGGUUGAGCUAGAAUCUCUGGUAACGCAGCUGGAGGAGGAAAAUGCGCGGCUAGUGAGAGAAGAGGCCGAGCAAAAGAAGGAGAGGUUUAAGCGGCUCAUGGAGAACCUCAUUCCUAUUGUAGAGCAGCGGAGACCACCUCGUGUUCUUCGGAGAGUGCAUUCAGUGCACUGGUAGAUGCGGUACCUACUAUGUGGUCUGGAGUCAGUUAUAUAAAGGAAUUGCACGGAGCAAGAAGACGGUCAUAGGUUUAGUAGAUAAAUACUGAAAAAAGGGGGAAAGGGAAGAAGGGAAAAACAGUCUGAGGGUUGAUUAGCUGUUGGUGGUAAUAUCUUUAAGUAGUCGAAGUGGAUUUGUAAAGAGAAGCAUGGUACAGCUGAGGAUUUGAAUUAAUUUGAAUACAACUAAUGGUGGAUGCCCUUCAAUCGACGGCUUGUGGGAGAUCCUUGACAAACAUCUGCCGGCUCUUGUAGUUAAUAUUGUAGAAAAUGAAAAUAACCUUCUCAUUUACAGAAAGCUUGGUUGCCCUUGAUGCUGAUUGAAGGCCAAGCUGAUAGAACUAGAGCAUGGACUAAUAUAUAACACUAAUGUUACUUUACUCCUAUAUGAUAUAUUAGGUCAGAAGCUAUAUGGUACAUCGUACUAAACUUCCUUUACGAUUUUAUAUGAGAAUGAUAUACAGAAGUUUAAUAA